AUGUUAGCUGUGGGGCCUAUGGAGGGCACCCGGCAGAGCGCGUUCCUGCUGAGCAGCCCGCCCCUGGCUGCCCUGCACAGCAUGGCUGAGAUGAAGACCCCACUGUACCCGGCCGCCUACCCACCGCUCCCGACGGGGCCCCCGGCUUCCUCUUCCCCUUCUUCCUCCUCGUCGUCUUCGUCGUCCUCCUCGCCCUCCCCACCCUUGGGCGCCCAUAACCCCGCCGGCCUCAAACCCUCCACCUCUGGGGGGCUCUCGUCUCUGGGUAGCCCCCCACAGCAGCUCUCGGCUGCCACCCCGCACGGCAUCAACGACAUCCUGAGCCGGCCCUCCAUGCCCCUGACCUCCGGGGCCUCCCUGCCCUCUGCCUCGCCGUCCGGCUCCUCCUCUUCUUCCUCCUCUUCUGCCUCCUCUUCUGCCUCUUCUGCCUCCUCCUCUUCUUCCUCCUCCUCCUCAGCAGCAGCCGCCGCAGCCGCUGCAGCUGCAGCCGCAGCUGCCUCUUCCCCGGCGGGGCUGCUGGCCGGCCUGCCUCGCUUCAGUAGCCUUAGCCCCCCGCCUCCUCCCCCUGGCCUCUACUUCAGCCCCAGUGCCGCCGCAGUGGCUGCUGUUGGCAGGUACCCCAAGCCCCUGGCGGAGCUGCCUGGCCGGACCCCCAUCUUCUGGCCUGGGGUGAUGCAGAGCCCUCCGUGGAGAGAUGCCCGGCUUGCUUGCACCCCUCAUCAAAGUUCAAUUUUGCUGGACAAAGAUGGGAAGAGGAAACAUACAAGACCCACGUUCUCAGGACAGCAGAUUUUUGCUCUGGAAAAGACUUUUGAGCAAACAAAAUACUUGGCGGGACCUGAAAGAGCGAGGCUGGCUUAUUCUCUGGGGAUGACGGAGAGUCAAGUCAAGGUUUGGUUCCAGAACCGUCGGACCAAGUGGAGGAAGAAACACGCGGCCGAGAUGGCCACAGCCAAGAAGAAGCAGGACUCCGAAACGGAGCGGCUGAAGGGGACCUCGGAGAACGAGGAGGAAGACGACGACUAUAACAAGCCUCUGGACCCCAACUCCGACGAUGAGAAAAUCACCCAGUUGCUGAAAAAACACAAGUCUAGCAGCAGCAGCCUGCUCGUGCACACGUCAGAGAAUGAAAACUCCUCUUAAAGUCACCACUUGCGCAGUCCUGAGCAUCCCACGCCGCCCCGCCCCAAGCCACCUCAUCCCCUCCUUUUCACCUCAUCUCCUCAUUUCACCCCAGCCCGGCCCAAUCUCAUCCUGUCCCGUCCCUAGUGGUGAGAAUGCCAGUUCGCCACGCACUCACCGCACACCCAACGCACACAUUCAUAAACCAACGAAUGCUCCUAGAACCUCCCACCCACUUCGGCCAGGGUGGAGCUAGCCUGGCCCGCUAGCAAAAGUGCAGAGAGUAUGGGAUCCGGCCCAGUGUUCUCGCUUUGCCGGCUCUCCGCCUCAAGACACCCCAAGUCCUCACCCUCCCCAACCCUCCCAAGAGCACUGAGGACUCAACCCCGGUUAAGGGCGGACAUUUGCUAUUUUCUGAGAUGUAUAUGUAUAUUUUUCUAAACUCUAUAAGUGACGGGAAGAGACUCGGAGACAUCGAAACACGCAAAGCAAAUAAACAAAUACACCGAACCAAGUCCCCCAGUCACCCUCUAGACCUUUUUCUCCCGUCCUGCGGCUCCCCGCCCCCGCGCCCUACCCUAGGCUCUCACUACUGUUUGUUCCCGGCAAGCAGGGAGGGAGUGGGUGAAGGAAGUGUUGUUAUGGUAGGGGAGCCGCCUGCAGCGCCUGGGCCCUUCUUCUGGGGACCGCCGAGUCGCGCCAGCUGCAGGAUGGGAUGGGAAGAGGGACCGG